AUGUCCUGGGCAGGGUUCAAGAAAAAUGUCAACCGCGCUACCACGCAGGUGAUGAUGAAGACGGGACAUGUGGAGCGCACAAGUGAUCGCGAUUAUGAAAUUGAAGAGCGUCGGUACCGGACGAUGGAAGCCGCCGCAAAUCGGUUACAGAAAGAGGCAAAGGGAUACUUGGAUUCGCUACGAGCUAUGACUGCCUCGCAGAUGCGGAUUGCCGAGACUAUUGAUGCCUUCUAUGGUGAUGCUGGAACCAACGACGGAGUGAGUCGGAGUUAUAAGCAGGCUGUGGAGGAUCUGGAUGCGGAAACGAUCAAGGCGCUGGACGGUCCGUACCGCUCGACUGUGUUGGAACCCAUCUCUCGGUUCUGUGCCUACUUCCCGGAUAUCAACGAGUGCAUCAAGAAGCGCAACCACAAGUUACUCGAUUACGAUUCGAUGCGCGCCAAGGUCAAGAAGCUGGUUGAGAAGCCCGAUAAGGAUGCGACGAAACUGCCCCGGACGGAGCGCGAGACGGAAAUCGCCAAGCAAGCGUAUGAGCAGUUGAACGAACAGCUCUUCACUGAACUGCCCCAGCUCAUCGACCUGCGAGUGCCGUACCUGGAUCCUAGCUUCGAGGCCCUGGUGAAGAUUCAACUGCGGUUCUGCGCGGAGGCAUACUCGCGCAUGGCGCAGGUGCAACAGUACUUGGAUGCGGAGACGAGGGAUCAGUAUGCUCGGGGAGACCUGGACAACCGGGUGGAAGAGGUGUUGCAGGAGAUUCGGGAUUUGAGCAUAGCAGGCACGGUCUGA